AGAUUAGUUAUUGUUGAAUUCUAUGGAACUUGGUGUGCUUCGUGCAAAGCUUUAUUUCCCAAGUGAUAAGGAAAAGUACUGGGAAGAUCACCCUGGGCAAGCAGUGCCGCUCAUGAAGCCAAAAUUUUGUCGUGGGCCCUGGAAAGUGCUUCUAAGGUGAUGUCCUGCCAGCUAAUCAGUAAUGCCAGAAGAUCCAGUCAAGAAGCUAUUGUGUCGUUCCUCCUAUUUCACUUUGUUUCUGUAUAAAACUGACAGAUUUGGUGUUGUUUAGAAUGCAGCUAGAAAACAAUUACGGUGGCUUGAGGCGGUAGGAAUGAUGUUUGUCAAUGACCAGUUGAGUUUGAAGAUUGUUUAAUAUUUAAUUGCUUCUAGCAUCUGAGUGAUUUACACGGGAGGAGCCUCAGUGCUUCCAUGUGAAGACGAGAGACCGCUUCUUGAAAACCAAAAAUCAUAUCAUCAGUGAGUGUUUCAUCAACCUAAUAUCCUUAUUCAUUAUAUUCAGGCUUUAUUUUCCUUGUGGUUGUUAUUCAUGUUUUAUUCCUUGGGUAAAAGUGGCAGGGAACCUGCUGCUUUUGAUGAGUGUCAAUCCACGUAAAGGCAUUAACCAAAUCUGAUAGAGACUACAUAUAACAACUUGGUCAACUUCAGCCACAAAAUGAGGAAUGAAACCCGCCUAGAAGUUAUAUUUAGUUUACAUUUAACAUAGCUUACCUUAAAUUUAGCUAAUUAUGUAGAACAGAUUCUUCACUCAUCUCUUCUGUAGCAUUGGCUCUUGUCUUCCCUCUUCCUUAGCAUGAGCCCCUAGCUCUUUGCAGUUCUAAUUACAAAAUGACAACAUAUGGAACUAUUCCAGCAGAGUUGCCACCAUCAUCAAACUUCAUUUUCCGCGCAAGAGAACAGAUCCGAUUAGGCCUUGGCACACGAAGACAAUGGAAGGAGAUGGUCAAGAUUCAAGCUAUAAGCCUCCCCUCCAAUUUAAACGACUCAAUACAAAGAAUCCGAACCAAUGCGGCAUUUUUUAGGAUGAACUAUGUCAUCAUCAUAUUGUUUCUUCUCUUCAUCACAUUGCUUUGGCACCCUGUCUCUCUGAUUGUCUUCAUUAUCAUGAUGGUUGCAUGGCUGUUCCUUUAUUUUUUACGUGAUGACCCUGUAUCAAUUGAAGGCUUUGUGAUUGAUGAUCGCAUUGUGAUGACGGGUCUGUUGUUGGUUACCAUUGCCAUGCUUUUCCUAACAGAUGUGACAGAUAAUAUCAUAGUUGGCCUUUCUAUUGGAUUAGCGGUUGUUUUGGUCCAUGGAAUAUUCAGAAGCACAGAUGAUUUGUUCUUUGGGGAUGAGGAAGAAGCGAAUAGAUCGCCGGUGUUGAUGCGCCCUGCGGAAGAAGCAGCACCUGUGCCAUUAAAGAAUGCUGCCUCCUCUUCUUAUUCUGUGUCCUAGUGUUCUUUUGAAUGCUUCCAAUGCUGUUGUUAAAUUAUAUAUGUAUCAGGGAAAAGUAAGAGAUUCAUUGGGGUUUAAGUUUUCUCUGUAUAGUAUAUAAUGCCUUCUUAUUUAAGAAAAUAUUUUGUUGCAUGAAAUUCAAUGUUUUCUAUUAAUUGGCAUUAGAAGUGCCAUAACUUUUGCUGCUUUGGAGCCUGAAAGGAAACCGAUUGAUGAACCAAUUGUCUUGAUAAUCAAAAUCAAUCACUUUCAUGUCGGAUAACUCCUUAAAAAGUAACCAUUUAAACAUAUGAGUGAGAUUCAUAUAACGAUAAUUUCGUUUUCAGCUUCUAUCAUUCGAAC